AAAGAAGACGUCAGAAGACUUCAACCAGGAACAAACCAUAAAGACAAACAUGGACCCUGAAAACAAUAACACCGCUUUAGAGGAAGCUAGUGUAGAUGAAGAUGUCAAUUUUUCACAGGUGACCACCGUUGCCACAGGAUGGAUGCUGGACUUCAUGUUUGUAAGUUUGUGUCGGAGGUUCAAGGAGGGAAAACUUGACGAGUUCAAUGAGACGCUGUCGGGUCUCGAGGCCAUUACUGAGAGCACGUCUCUCAACGGACAGCUUCAUAAAGAGAAAACACUGAUAUGCGCCUUCCUCGCUAGAGUCAUGCAUGGAAAGCAGUUGGAUGUCAUCUUUGAGGAGGAUAACUCAGUGAUGCCUCUGAUGUCUGCUGCCAAAACAUGGUCAAGCCUAGAGCACACUGUGGCAGAUGAAAGCCUCUUCAAAAACAUUACCAUCCUUUUGCUUGUCCAGUCUGUGGCUGUCUGCUUGGAGAAAGGCCAAAGAUCCUCUGCCUCCUCUGCCCUCAAGUGGUUUGAGAAUAACUGUGAAUUCCCACAGAACUUUGGGGUUAAGCUGUCGAAAAUCGUGGCACAAAGAGACAGUUACCACCCAUUCCUCAUGAGCUUCAGCUUCAGCCGCCUUCUUGACACAAUACAGUCCUUUUUGGAUGCCUACUUGGAGAAGAAUCCCUCUGACUACCUUCUUAAGGAAGCUACGAAGGUGGUCCAGUCAUCACAGAACGUUGUAAAAUCGGAGGAUGUGAUGUCACAGGAAAACCCUGCCCCGAAAACAACCAAUAAAUCGACAAAUCAGAAGAAAAAAACAAAACGGAAGCUGCUCUCCAGUAAAAUUACUGACGUAUGGAAACCUGACUCAUGCAAGAAGCUGUGUGUUUCCGUCAAGCGGAUCUCAAACGCCGAGAUAUCUCAGAAAAUAUCUGAAAAGUCACCAAACACCUCAGCGGUACCAAGAACAAGAAAACCACAUCAGAAAUGGCCCUAUCACCUGGACCAAUACCUCAAGCAAGGCGUUCAACGUCACGGCCAGGGGAAGUGGGCUCUCAUUUUAAUGGACUACGACUUUGAAGGACGCACUGGCACCAUGCUCAAAGACCGCUGGAGAGUUCUGAUGAGGACGCACAAAGUCAGCUAAGAGGGAGAGUUCUCCUCCAGCCAAUUUGUAAAUACAUUGACUGAUUUAUCUGGUGCCCUAAUUUAAAUUGCGGAAGCUAUUCCUAUAUGUUGUUGUUAUGAUCUGCUUUGUUGCUGCUCUGUUUGCACAUAAGAAGACAAGCCACUAGAGGGCACUCGGAACAAUCAUGUUGCUUGCAUUGCCUUCUGUAAUGGAACGCAUUUGAUUCAAUACAAAAUAUGCAAUUGUUCCCCUUAUGCUUGUGCAGUGUAGCAGUUCAUAUACCAUGGAAUGACCUAGUUCAUUCAUUUAUCCUUCUGUAGCUGGUGAAACUAAUUUUGUCUUUUAUCUUUUUGGUGUGUAGCCUCUGCUUGUACAGAGUAAAUUUCAUUCCACCAGUGGGCGCUCCAAUAUUUUUGUUAUUUGCUUUGCUAUGAAAGGGAGCAUUUUGAAUGAAAAGUCUUUUUGUUGCUUCUCCAUUUUAAGUUAAAUAUUUUACCAAUAAAAUUGUUUUAAAACAAUGAA